AAUGACAGACCAUUCGUUGUGAGUUUGAUUUUUUAAAUUGUCGUGUAUUUUCAUUCCACAAACAAAACAAAUAAGUUUUCAGAAAUGACCAACUCAUUGUAAAAGAAUGGACACAAUGGAGAACUCACGUAUACUACUUGCCUUGUUCUGUAAAAUCAUCAACAAACUCGACUUCCAACAAAUGGAUUACCUCAAACAAAUCAUGAUCCCGUUUCAGGAAGUAGAGGAGGCUUACGAACUAUUAGAAACCAUCAGAGGACUGAUGGCAACCCACUACGAAGAUCUGCAGGCCGAAGAAAUAAGUGUGAUCGAAGAACAAACUGUUGAAACUUCGUCGAGCAACGACAUCAGCAAAGUUGAGGAGAAGCCGAAACUGCAAAAAUUCGACAGUUACGCCGAUCCCUAUAUGAGUUUAGAGUGGGAAUACAGCGGUUACAGUUUGAUCAGCGAAGAUCAGUACAAGAAUUCGAUCGAACAGGUGUUCGAAGAGGUUAAAGAAAUGGAAGUCGAAGCUAAUGUUAGGAAAAAUGAUGAAGAGCUCUUGGAGGUGGUGAAGAUGAAUUUGAAAUCCAAUAAGAGGUUUUUAGAAGAAAUGGACUUGGACAAUUUGCCUGCAUUGAAUUCUAGACGAACGGAAGUUAUCCAGAGGAUUGAAGACCUGAGAAAAAGUAUUGACAGUAAUAAAAAUCAGGAGGAAGAACAAUUAAUUGUUAAUGAACUUGCAAAACCAGAAGAACAGGAAUGCAAAAUUGUCCAGCUGAAAUCAGACGACAGUAAAGAAGAGUUUGUGAAGAUAGAACCGGUUGAUCCGUACAAACAACAAUGUAAGGAAACAAUAGAGCAAGUUUUGGAAGAAAUUAAAGAAGUGGAGGUAGAAAUAAACGAUAAAGAAGAGAACGAAGAAGUAGUGGAAGUUGCACUAAUAACUUUAAAAUCCAGUCUUCGAAUUUUGGAAGAGAUGGAUCUGGAUGCAUUAUACGACUUGCAGUUACAAAAGAAGGAAGUUGUCGAGAAAAUCGAGAGUCUUCGGAAGUUACUGAUGGUUAAGAAAGUUGGCACGUGAUUUGUGGAUUUUAUUCUUUAGUCACCUUAUGGAAAUUUGUGUGUUUAGAUAGGAAAUUAAAUAAAAGUGACAUAAUUUAUUCA